CUCAACGGUAGACACUGCUCCACUUCUCACGGUGCAAAGUUGUAUUCACGACCAGCGGCGAGACACCGUUAAAUAAUGUGCCUUUUUGUCACACAAAAACGCACAAAUACAUACUGUGAUAGAUUCUCCGCAUGGUAAAACGCACAUAGGUGUCUCGGAGGUUAGAGAAGAGCUGUUAAAUUCCGCGGUUCGAACCAAGGUGAAUGUUUUUUCUUCGGAUUUGGGCAGUUUGUCAGACACUGGAAUGAUGGAUGAAAGUGUCUGGCGAUGGAACAUAACGGACCUGAAUUCUGCGCUUCGACACCUGGGCUGACAAGCUGCAGAUGAGAGAGGAGUGUCCUCAGCCCACACCUGAAAAUCCCACCUAUCUUCCAGGCCUGUCAGGCCUCUGUCAGUGUUACCGACUGCCAUCUUUCUCAUGGUUCUCAUCUGCCAAGCUGCUGUGACUUUUGGUGAAAAGUACCAAGUAGCUGCCGUUCACAUCCCAUUCCAGCCACCCUCUCAGGUGCCAUACGUCUUGUUUUAUGUCCUCCUGAAUCGGAGUCCCUAACACACCCAGCAAUCAUGAGGACCACCAGAUCGAGCCUACUGCUGGGCUGUGUGCUCCUCUGCUCUGCUUCCCUGCUCUAUCUGGGCAUGAGCGGGGUGGAAUGUCCUCCAAAAAGCCAUCGACACCGCUGGAUGGAGCUCAACUUAGGCUCUGCUGGUCAGAACCUGUCUCUGGCUGAACACUUUCCUGAAGACACGCCUCUCAUCUUCAUAGGAGGCUUUCCCAGGAGCGGCACUACACUGAUGCGUGUCAUGCUGGAUGCCCACAAUGCUGUGCGGUGUGGGGAAGAGACCAGAGUAAUACCCCGACUCUUGGCUAUGAGGGCUACCUGGAGUCGCUCGGUGAAGGAGAGGAUUCGAUUAGAUGAGGCUGGAGUCACUGACCAGGUGUUAGACUCAGCCGUACGAGCAUUCCUGUUAGAGGUGAUAGUCGGCCAUGGGGAGCCCGCACCUCGUCUUUGCAACAAAGACCCAUUCGCCUUGAAGUCCCUGUCAUAUCUGUCACACAUUUUCCCUAAAGCUAAAUUUGUGCUCAUGUUACGAGAUGGUCGUGCAGCCGUCCACUCCAUGAUUUCACGCAAGGUGACCAUCUCUGGCUUCGACCUGACCAGCUACAGGGACUGUCUAACCAAGUGGAGCAGCGCCGUGGAAACCAUGUUCAACCAGUGCCGAGCAGCAGGUGAGGACCGAUGUCUGCCUGUGCGCUACGAGCAGCUCGUCCUCCGCCCUGAACAGGAAAUGAGGAAGUUGCUUCACUUCCUAGAACUGCAGUGGGACCCAUCAGUGCUGCAUCAUGAAGAGCUGAUUGGGAAGGCUGGUGGUGUGUCUCUGUCCAAGGUGGAACGUUCAACAGACCAGGUGAUGAAACCCGUAAACACAGAGGCUCUGUCAAAGUGGGUGGGCUACAUCCCAUCGGACGUGAUGAGCGACAUGGCAGAAAUCGCACCCAUGCUGUCUCGGCUGGGCUACGACCCCCGGGCCAACCCUCCCGACUACACAAGGCCAGAGCCCGUCAUGUCUCUGUUCAACUUCUCACGGGUGAGACCAACACACUGAAGAAAGGAUUCUUGUCAGAUUUUUUACAGAUUUUUUCUUUUUCACUGGGAGUUUUAAUCUGAGCUCUGUUUCGUACAUGGACGACCUGCUCAGGGAAGCUCACUCAUUCUCUAUCACCCACAUUUCCUCCACAGUGAACCCACAGUAUUACACUGCAUUCUGACGUCCUCUCACCUCGUACCUGAAAACAUCUCUUGUAUCAGUUCACCACGAAUGUGAAUGUGUCUUUAGACAAACUCCUCACUUUCUGAGGGUUCAGUCAGUGUUCAUGAAGCAUAAUGACUGUAUAUUUUUGAAGAUGUGUUUAUUUUCUUAAUAAAUUAUUUUGGUGUUGACCAUUCAUUGAGCAA